AUGUCUAGUGAGGGAGAAGCAGUAAAGGUGGAAGGUGGACAUAUUUCUGUGACUACUAUCAGUAUGCCGGGGCCAGAUAAUAGUAGUGGGCAAUUCUCAUACAGUUCGAGUGGAGUCCGUAUCAGCGUGUCUUCGGUGCCUCAUGACGAAGAUUCGACUGAUGCUGAAAUAUCGAAGAUUGAUUUUAGUCAACAUCAGUACGAGGUGAACAUGCGCAAUAAAAAGAAGCGUUCCUCCGUUGGAGGUGAUGUGGAACAGGAGAGACCGAUGUCCUGGGAGGGGGAGUUGUCUGACCACGAAAUGGUUAUAGACACCAGUGUCAAUAAUGACGAAAACAGCAAUUCUAUCGAUCUUCAGUCAUCAAGAGACUCAAUAGAUACUCUUCGGAAUGUCACUAUUAAGGCAGAAGCGGUCAAAAAUGAGCCGUUUCAGAGUUUGGAUGAUGAGAGGGUAUUAGACCUGAAGUACGCUCCUCUCCAGCCACACCAACGUAGCCUCAGCAUGAAUAGGAUAUCAGUACUUACUGACACCACGUCACUGUCAAUAGCUCGGAGGCCUUCAUCUCCUACAAGCAGUGCCAAAUCCUUGGCGUUAUCAGACCACUACGAUCAAUCGAUGCCACAUAUCCAGAAUACAAUGACUGAAGUCCAGAACUUAACUAUUAAGAAGGAAAGCCAGCUGUCCGAACUAAAAUGCGAGCCCCUCGGAAUGGAAAAGUUACUCGGCGCGCAUGGCUCUCCGCUCAUGGGCAGGUUACCACGAGUGCAGUCAAGCGCAAGCACAGAUUCCGCUGUACAUUCCAUGUAUACGCACAGUGUCUACAGCAGUCCGUCAGCGAGUCCACGACCCUCGCGUCACUAUACACCAUCACUUUCCAGGAAUAACAGUGACGCAUCACAUUCUUCUUGCUACUCUUACAGCUCUGAAUUCUCUCCCACACAUUCACCAGUUCAGAGCCGGCAUCCCCACGUGUUAUACCGUGAAACAGCAGUAUAUCCCGCCUCUCCUGCGCACGAUGAAGACUCAGAGCAGACUGAUGAUCGUCUUCAUCAUCACCAGGGAAUCAGUCGACAGCAGCUUAUAAAUAGUCCAUGUCCCAUUUGUGGGGACAAAAUAAGCGGUUUCCACUAUGGAAUAUUCUCGUGCGAAUCUUGCAAGGGCUUCUUCAAGCGAACUGUGCAAAAUCGGAAAAACUACAUGUGUUUGAGGGGUGGUAAUUGUCCUGUUACCGUCGCCACUAGGAAGAAGUGUCCAGCUUGCCGUUUCGAUAAGUGUUUGAGCUGCGGAAUGAAGUUAGAAGCUAUAAGAGAGGACCGUACUCGCGGGGGUAGAUCCACGUAUCAGUGUUCGUACUCGCUAUCUGGUGCAGCUUCUACCGGCUCACUAUUAUCUGCGCACGCGCCGGCCACGUUGCGCCAUGCGUCAAGUCUAACUUGUGUUAAUGGUCCAGGAUCGUAUAGCAGUCGAGGGGAGACCAGUAAUAGCCGGCUGACUCCCGACAUUCCGCCAUUAUUGCAAGAAAUAAUGGACGUGGAGCAUCUAUGGCAGUACAACGAAUCGGAAUUGAACAGGUUAGGGAAGUCCGGCGGUAGUCCAUCGACGAAUCCCCUCCUGGCUGCGAGUGGCAUCACCGCGCAGAACUCGAGCGCAGACUUCUUAGCGGACCUCUGUAAUAUCGCGGACCACAGACUGUACAAGAUUGUCAAAUGGUGCAAGAGUUUGCCGCUCUUUAAGAAUAUCUCGAUCGACGAUCAAAUAUGCCUUCUAAUAAAUAGUUGGUGUGAGUUGUUGGUGCUGUCGUGUUGUUAUCGCGGUGUGAGCACGCCAGGGGAAGUGCGGGUAGGUGGAGGCAGAGGAAUUACCCUUCAUCAGAGUGCAAAAUACGGCCUAACUCCAUGUAUAGAAAGAAUGCUCAGCUUUACCGAUCACUUAAGACGGUUGAGGGUAGACAGAUAUGAAUAUGUUGCUUUGAAGGUCAUCGUCCUACUCACUUCUGAUGCGCCGGAGUUACGCGAAGCGGAGAAAGUGCGCGCGUCCCAAGAGAAGGCGUUGGCAGCGUUGCAAGCGUAUACGGCGACGCACUCGCCGGAUACGCCAGCAAAAUUCGGGGAACUGUUACUGCGUAUACCCGAACUACAGAGGACUUGUCAGUUCUUCAUGCAAGUCGGCAAAGAAAUGCUGAACCCCACGAACAAAAAGGACGGGGAAGCCCCAACAUUCAACUUGCUAAUGGAACUGCUUAGAGGCGACCACUGA